AUGAUGGUGGAUUUGAUUGGUAACCAACAGUUUCUGCAAAGUAAUGUGCAACAGCUUCAACAAUCUCAAGCCGAGCAGAAGGUGCAAAUCGAAGGACUAUCCCGUCAGAUGUCUCAGCUCGCCACAUCCAUGAAUCAACUUAAGGGAAAUAAUGGAGCCUUACCAUCUCAAGUUCAUGUGAAUCCCAAGGAGAAUGUCAAUAAGAUCACCUUGAGGAGCGGUACAGAGUUGGACGGACCGACACCCCAGAGCUCUCAAGAUGGUUUGCAGGCAGAUUAUGGAGUUGAGUUUCGUGUGGAAGAAUUCGAGCGUUCUGGUGGCACGACGGAUCCAGUCAUUCAGCAGGCAGAACAGCCCUGUUUGGCCAAACAGAACAAGGGGUCGACAGUUGCAACAUCAGUUCCCUUUCCAGGAAGAUUGGCGAGGAAGAAGCCGGAAGAGGAACUCAUUGAUUUUGUGAAGAUCUUUGGCAAACUUGAAGUGAAUCUUCCAUUCUUGCAAGCACUGAAAAUUCCUCCUUUUGGGAAAUUUGUGAAGGACUUCAUAGCUGGAAAGUCCAAGGCAACUGGAAAGAUUGUGAUGGGCGAGAACGUUUCAGCCACACUCAAGAAGGAGUUACCAGCCAAGUGCAAAGAUCCUGGUAUGUUUUCUCUUCCCAUUUACAUUGGUGAUACUAGGAUCGAGCAUGCCAUGUGUGACUUAGGAGCGUCUAUCAAUGUUAUGCCUCUCACUGUUUAUAAUAGAUUGUCGGGUGUAGAAUUGGUAGAUACUAGAGUGGUCAUUCAGUUAGCCGAUAGGUCUUGUGUUUAUCUCGAGGGUUUGCUCGAGAAUGUUCUUGUGAGUGUGAAUAAUUUUGUUUAUCCUGCCGAUUUCUAUGUGGUGAGGAUGAGUGGAGUGCAAUCUGAAGGUUCAACGGGAGUCCUUUUAGGCCGUCCGUUCCUAAGAACUGCAAAGUCAAUCAUAGAUGUUAGUAAUGGCACGAUUUGUCUGGAUUAUCAUGGGGAGAAAUACACUUUUAGUAUGGAUGAUGCCAUGAAAACUCCUAAUGAUGCUGAAAAUGCUUAUUCUAUUGAUGUGAUUGACCCUCUCGUCCAAGAAUUUCUUGAGACCGAAUUCAUGCAGGAUAAGUUGGAGCUCACCAUGAUCAAGAGCUGGACAGAUUUUGAUGCUCAAGGGAUGAACGAUGCAGAGGUCAAGGAGGCCAUCAUGUCUCUUUAUGCACAACCGGAGGUGGUCAGUUUGGGAAGCCAGUUCUGUUUGCCCAAACAGACAUCGUACGAUAGACCACUGAGAUCCGAUGAGAAGCCGCCUGAACUGGAGCUCAAACCUCUACCUCUGAAUCUGAAGUAUGUUUACUUGGGGGAUGCUGAUACUCUUCCAGUCAUCAUUAGCAGCGACUUGACCGCAAGCCAGGAGCAGCAGUUGAUCACCGUGCUUAAAAGGAACAAGAAGGCUAUUGGUGGACAUUGGCGGACAACACUGGUAUAA